AUGACCUUGGACGACGUCAGACGGUUGAGAGUCGCUGUCUUUGGAGCAGGCAUGGGCGGCCUCACUUGUGCCCUCUCGUUAGCACACGAAGGGUUUCUCUAUAUCGAUGUCUACGAAACUGCGCCCAACCUAGGUUUUGUAGGAGCAGGAAUUCAACUUGCCCCCAAUAUGGCACGCAUUCUCGAUAAACUCGGCGUUUGGAAAAAGAUCGAGUCCGAGGCUGUCUUAGUCAAGAGCACGAGCAUCAGACAGGGAACAACCGACGAAGAGCUCGGCUUUGUCGAGUUCGACUCCGUCAAAGAUAAAUAUGGCUACGCUCACAUGGUAGGACACCGUGCCUCGCUCGCUGGGAGCCUUUACGAAGGCUGCAAAGCACAAUCUGCUAUUACCUUUCACUUCUCGACUGCCGUAUCUGAAGUGAAUUUUGGCGGGGAUGACAGGAAGCCAUCGUUCUUGGCUACGCCAUUAGUAGGUCCAGCUGUGCGAGUCGAGGCUGAUAUCAUAUUAGCCGCCGAUGGUAUCAAGUCGCUCACUCGAGCAGCAAUGCUGAAGGAACUUGGUUCCACGGAUCAUGUGGUGGAUUCUGGACAGGCUGCAUAUCGCAUUAUGCUGACCCGCGAGCAAAUGAAGGAUGAUCCUGAGCUGUUGGAAUUAAUAGACGCUGACAGAGUUACUCGGUGGAUUGGGGAGAAGCGGCUACUUAUUGCAUAUCCAAUUGAUAACAAGCGGAUAUACAAUAUCAGUACCGCGCAGCCAGAUACGCAUUUUUCUGCUGCACCAUCAGCUCAGUAUACCACGAGAGGGAGUAAAACCAGGAUGCUGGAGGUGUUCUCCGAUUUCUGUCCGAAGGUUCAUAAAUUACUUAGCCUAGUACCGCAAGACGAGGUUUGUGAGUGGAAACUGCGGAUUCACGCUCGCCUCCCCACAUGGGUUCAUCAUAGCGUGGCGCUGGUAGGCGACGCUUGCCAUCCUACACUUCCGCACCUUGCACAGGGAGCUGCUCAGGCUAUUGAAGAUGGCAUCACCCUUGCUGUUGCGCUCUCCAAACUUCCUAACACCGACCCCGAAAGCGUGCACCAAGCGUUAAAGAUCUACGAAAAGGUCCGCAAAACGCGGGCGGAAACCUUGGUGGACUUGGCGACAGCAAAUGGGAAACUAUUGCACCUCGGCGAGGGGAAAGCAAGGGAAGAAAGAGAUGCAUUAUUUUCUAAGCUUCUGAGGGAUGGUAAGGGCACAGUUCCAGACAAAUGGGCGGACAAGGAGAUUCAAAGCAAAAUAUAUGGUUUCGACUGUAUACUCGAAGCACGCAGGGCAUGCGUUGAGUUAGGCUGUUGCGAUUUGUCUUCGAUUGUCAACAUUCAGCAACUGCACCAAAUGCCUGCAGAAGACUCUUCAGUACACCUUGAGCAGGGCACCUCAUCAGACGCUCAGAAGGCAAAGAGAAGGCGAUUGAAAGGGUCAUGCGACUCAUGCCGAUCUAAGAAGAGCGACAGUUCAGAAAGGCCAGGAAAUGUUUGCACAAAUUGCAUCCUUUCAGGAAUAGCAUGCACUCAUGACCUGCCUCGCCAACAGAAGGUAACGGAGGUCAAACAAGCAGCCACCGCGCACAUCAUGAUACUGGAAGCAAGGAUAAAGAAUUUUAUUGUUAAAGUGAACAAGUUGCAUCCUGGAGAAGACAUUGAGCAAAUUAUCAACGCACCUGUUAGGGAGAUCUCUCGGUCACCGUCGAUCUCCAGUGGUGUCGAACCCAGCUCUAGCACAUUUAGCUCUGUGGAUUUAAGAUACCCUAGUAGCCCUCCCAUGGAUAUAAUGACAGCUGCUACAUCGCCAACAGCAGAAGAUGAACCCGCUGCUUCAGACGAUGACGAUGACCUUGCCCAUGUCGCUCUUGCUGAAGAUUUGAAGAAGCUGUCCACGAAUGCCACAGAAGACCGCUUCUUCGGCGAGGCUAGCACAUUCAUGCUCGCCAAGCAUGUCACAGACGCUCGAAACAUGAUUACGGGUCAACCGAAUGCUGGCCUAGAUCCACGCAAAUAUCGGCGUCUAAUCUAUUGGGAACUACGACCUUGGGAGAUGACCUACGUUACCUCGUCAGAGCGUCCUUACGUGUUUCCGGAAAACGAUCUACUCAACACUCUUGUUUCCCUCUAUUUCGAAAAGUCCAAUACCAUUAUCCCCAUUCUUCAUCGCCCUACUUUUGAGAGGUCUCUUUCCAUGGGACAACAUCAUUGGGAUCCAUCAUUUGGUAUGACAGUGCUUUUAGUCUGUGCCAUUGCAUCGCGGUACUCUUCAGAUCCCCGCGUUUCGGUUGCCAAUGACCCUUCUGGCAUGUCCGCCGGUUGGCAUUACUUCUGUCAAGUCCCAGUUCAUCGAAAGAAGAUGCUUUACACAGCAAGCACGUAUGAUUUGCAGUAUUACGGUCUUGCUUCGUUAUACCUCAGUGGGACAUCAAUGCCGCAUAAUUCUUGGACAGUGAUCGCUAUUGGUCUCAGGCACGCUUUCGAAAAAGGUGCACACAGACGCAAAGGGAACAAGCAGCCUUCGGUUGAGGAAGAAUUACAGAAAAGGGCCUUUUGGGCCCUUAUAUGUCUUGACAACCUAUCAAGCUCCUUCGUGGGUCGCUCAGGCUCCACACCUCACGACGCCUACGACGUUGAAUAUCCAGUUGAGUGCGAUGAUGAAUUCUGGGAGACCGAAGACCCCGAUCAAGCAUUCCGGCAACCUCCAGGAAGACCCAGCUACAUGACCGCAUACGUUCACUUCAUCAAGCUAUGCGAGAUUCUAGGAUUCGUCCUCCGAACCUUGUAUACCACCAAGAAAUCUAGGAUGAUUUCAGGUUUUGUUGGGCCUGACUGGGAAGGUAAAAUGGUUGCGGAACUAGAUUCGUCGAUGAAUAAAUGGAAAGAAGCCUUACCCGAACAUCUUCUAUGGAACCCUGACAGACAAGAUAUUACCUUUUUCCACCAGUCUGCUAAUCUGUACACAUCGUAUUACUAUGUACAAAUGCAGAUCCACCGGCCCUACCUCACAAAAAAAUCUGAAUUGACGCUUCCCUCUCUCGCCAUGUGCAAUAGUGCUGCCAGAGCCUGUUCACAUGUCCUGGAGGCUUCAAUAGCAAGGGGAGCUAGAAUCCUUCCUCAUGCAAUCAUUGUCGCAUACACUGCUGGAAUGGUGAUUACCCUGUGUAUGUGGGGUGGUCAACCUAUGGGGUACCUUGGAGAUAAUAAGGAAGGCACGGAAAGCCUUCGAAAAUGUCUUGACUAUCUGUACCAUUGCGAAAAAAAAUGGCACUGUGCCGGCAGACUAAGUGAUAUGUUACGGGAAGCAAGUGAUAUUAACCUCUACGUACAGCCGACCGUGAAUAAGCGCCGCCGUCUAUCGUUUGAUACUGAGCUAAUUUUCCAGCCAGCUCCAGACUCGGCGGAGCCUGUGGAGGUGACUGCCACUGGCCUUAGCUCGGCGGGAAGCACUGUAAUUGGCAAUAGACCUGUGCCGCCUUCUACCAUGGGCAGCCCUCUCCAAAGUCUGAUGCUCACAGAUAUGGGUUUUUUCCCGGGGACCUCCAUUUCAGACAACAAUCCCAAUUUGUUAAACACCACUAACUUCAACAUCCACUUACCCCAAUCUGAACCUACCGCUUCCAUCGGUAUUCCUGGACAAUCGAUAUCUGCAGAUCCUCCUGCAAGCGAUCUGUUUGCUGGGGUCUGGUCUGACACUACUGUUCCAUUUACGAGCCUGGAGCAGUGGGAUACGUAUUUUGCUUACAUGGGCCAAUCAUAG